GGGUGCGGGGCGAAAAUAAAAUAAAAAAUUAAAAAAAAAAGAAAAAAGAUGAAAGCUGUUGGCCCGGGUUUUGUCUACGCCCCCCACGAGGCCUGCGAUUGGCCGAAAGGGACUUCUCCCUCUUUCUGAUAGUCGCGUGGGCGGUGCGCUUUCGGGCGUCAGGCGCGCUGGGGCACACACGACCCCUCCCCUCUCAACACCCCCCCCACUCCGACAGCCUCCACAGCUACCCCUCUCCCCCCUCUUCCACCCACCCCUGGACCACGGAGGCUGUACGUCAGCGCCCCUGACCAGAGCAGAAGGUCUCCGGAGCCCGUCAUCCCCUCUGCACUGGAGAAGACAGUCGUCAAUGGACCAGCAGCUCUAGAGACGGCCUACGAGGACAGACGACAUGCCGCUCAUCACCUUCUCGCCGUCCAUGUUCGAGAUGGAGUGGUCGGGCGACGGCGGCGCAACCACCGACUCCAGCAGCGCCGCCUCGUCGCCGCCGAGGCGCGGGACCUCGGGGGCGGCGGGUGGGGGGCAGCGCCGCCCCCGACGACCCCGCAGCAGCCGCCGGAGCCGCCGCCGUCGGGACCGCGACUCGCUGUCCGAGGAGCUGGACAACGACCUCGCGUCGGACGACUUCUCGCUGCCCGACACGGACGACGAAGAGGAAGAAGAGGAGGAUGAAGAGGAUGAUGAAGAGGACGAUGAAGAGGUGGACGACGAGAGGCCGAGGGCCGGGGCAGACGACGCUUCGUUCUCCGCCGGCGGCGGCUCGUCCACCUCCGGGUCUUCGCCGGCGACCGCCGACCUCUCAGGGUUCCCCCCGCACCACCCUCACCACCAGCACCACCAGCCCUCGCCGCGCGUCAUCGUGCGCAAGAUCUUCACCAACAGCCGGGAGCGCUGGCGGCAGCAGAACGUGUCCGGGGCGUUCGCCGAGCUGCGGCGCCUGGUGCCCACGCACCCGCCCGACAAGAAGCUGUCCAAGAACGAGAUCCUGCGCAUGGCCAUCAGGUACAUCAGGCUGCUGACGAACGUGCUCGAGUGGCAGAAGAAGCACCAGAACCACGUGAUCAACAACAACAACAACAACAACACCAACAACAACCACAACAACAACCACCUCGCCGCCGCCAAGGUGCAGGUGAAGAGGGAGACAGUCCUCGAGCUGACGAUCCCCAGGCCGAUAGCGGCGCGCUGUCGCCACCCGCUGAGGUACCACAAUCACCACCAUCAGCACCAUCAGCACCAUCAGCACCAUCUCCCCCAGCAGGUACUGGCGCCGCCCAAGCCUCCACAGCCGCCGCCGCUCGUCGGCGACCGCAGCAGCAGCGGCGGCGGCGGCGGCGGCGGCGGCGGCGGCGGGCUGCUGAUGGUGGCGGUGCCUCGCCGGCCCCGCGCCGCCCCCGCCCCGCCGCGGCCCGUGGUCAAGCUGGAGCGCGACGAAGAGGAGUUGCCCCACGACCCCAAGGGCAGGCGGCCUCGCUAGCCGCGGGACUGCGCCCUUCGCUGACCAUCCCGACAUUCGUCGAGCACGUCCGAUCACCAGCAGCAUUCCGUGCAAGUUUUCGGUACGCGUCUUUGACGAAGAAUUUUUUUUUUUGACAGUGAAAAUUUGCUAAAACUGGUUUUUUCACGGAAAUUUUUUUUUUUUUUUUUUCAGCAGGGACUUACUACUAGCUCGCUGCAGGAAAGGUUUUGAUGGAGAUUAAAAAACUUACGAUAAACUAGCUUCUACUGCGCAGCUUAGGUUCCCCCCCCCCCCCUUCCUUCUUUGCGACAGAGAGGGGAGUGACGGAAAUUCUCUGUCGCAAAGAAGGGAGGGGGGAACCUAAGCUGCGCGGUAGAAGCUAGUUUUCUUCAGUUUUUAAUAUCCAUCAAAACCUUUCCUACAUCGAGCUAGUAGUAACUAUACUAGUAUCCAAAUGCCCCCAACUUUUUUUUUUCCUUCUUUCAAAAAAAAAACCAAACCUUUCUCGACAACACCACCAUUCUACGUAUUAGUUUGUUUUUUUUACAAUUCAUGUAAAUACGUUGUUUGUGUAUAUGCUUGUUUUAUAAUAAUUACUAAAUUUUAAAAUGUUGCACCUUUAUUAUGUAAAUUCCGUAAUUAUAGAUCUCGCAGAAGAGUGAUGUGUCAAAAAGCGGCAGAUGGAAUAUUUCGGGGGAAAUUUAUAUCCUAAUUCAAUCCCCGCACAAAUUAUUUCCAGUUUUCGCUCCUGAAUUUUUUUAUCACACGAGAAUUUUGUCUUUUGAUCGUCUGGCUGUAGUGUUUAGGCAAAAGAUGAUUCGUUGCGAAGCGGAACAAAUGAAGGGGAUGAUGUGCUGAUCUGGGGAAGCCUUCUUUUCACAGACGAGAGAGCCAAAACCCGAAGUUCCCCGAAGUUUAUGUUUUUUUCCGCAUCUUUAAUGUAGCUAUCCUAACCAAAUCAACCGUCCACAAUGUUUUAAAGUAUUUAUAAUAUAGUUAACCUAACCUAAUCGAUCAAUAGUAUCCUUGUACCAACACCGCCAUAUUUAUUUACAAUGAACAAAAAAAACUGAAGAUGUACGAUCGGGCGUUUGGUUCUUUCGUCUGUGAAAAGGAUUCCCGCUUAUCUGAUGUUACUCUAAUGGUUAUCAGCCUUCACAGCAGAUGUUCGAACAGGCCACUUUCUGGCGGCGAUGCGCUCCACCGCACCCGUGUGAACUGCGCUCGCGCGCUCAGCGGCGACUGCAGCAAUUUUGCCAGCGAGCGCGCUUCACACGGGUGCGCGGAGCUUCAGAAGGGGACCACGCGUUUUGAAAAACUGCUCGAGUUAUCCGAGUGUUUUUUUUUUUUUUUUUUUUUACGGCAUUUAAGAACACGGUGAGGGCGUUUCUUCGUUUUUAAACUGAAUUGUUUGAAGAGUGAAAAAUGUUUAAAAAGUCUGUUUUCAGAAUAAAUCUUAGACAUGAAACGUCCGGUAAAGAUUCAUCCAAGAACACAAGGGCCUUGCAUUGCACCCUUAUCUUCAUUUCUCCGCCAUUUAAUGCUAUGGUUACCACUUAAAUUUCAUAGUUACCCCAUCAUGCACGACAAGAAGACUGCACGUCAGUUAAUUUCAGAGGCAACACCGCUGUAGAAACACCAGCGAGCGUCACACUAAUAUUAUCUUUGAAAGAUUUGUGCAAUGGGAGUGCAUGACUUGAUGUAAGCUUUUGGACAUACGCCAUUGCUUAGCACAUGUAUGUCUGUAGAAGAAAACUACAAAAAAAAAACACAAAUGUCAAAAAACACAAAUUAAGCAAAAAAUUGCUGUUGUCAGUUGUUUUUUUGCUUAAUUUGUUUUUUUUUGACAUUUGUGUUUUGUUUUUUUGUAGUUUUCUUCUACAGACAUACAUGUGCUAAGCAAUGGCGUAUGUCCAAAAGCUUACAUCAAUGUCACACUUAUAAUCCCGCCUCACGAACCCAAAUAUACCCCUUACUUGGUGGGGGGGGGGGAAUUCCCCCUCAC